AUGAUCGAGUUCAUGGACUAUGUCCAAAACGCCUUUUAUUCCGCGUCAUUGUGGGACCAUGACAACUCAUAUAGCACCUUGACGGCCACGGCCAAUGCCUUGCUUGACUUCCAAACUCCCCAUGGCCUUCGUCUUCGCAUCUCGUCACUCUCAGCACCCAGCUUUGCGACAUCGUACACGCUCUCCAACAGAGGCUUCGUCGAUGGCUCCAUCUCCUUCCUCUACUCUUCCCUGCCCAUGCGCAUUCCUUCUCAGAGUAGCAUCAUAGACUUGCGCAACCUGGUCAGAGGCUAUAGACACCUUCCCGAGCUUCGCCGACCGGACGAGACGUAUCUAUGGGAAAUCUGGCAGGCUGGAAGAAGAAUUGACAAGAAGGACACUUUGCUGUACGGUCGUUUGUACUUACCCACUUCGACCCUCGAAGCUCUGUAUCUCAGACGUAUAUCGCCUUCGCGUCUUCUUCGCCUGUCAUGUGUUUCCGACUCGGCUCUUCCAAAUGGUGGUUCCAUUCUGGCUCAGCUGCAGAACGACCAUGCCAAAUACUCGACUGAGUAUCUCUUCUCGACAGACAGCUGCUUGAUGGGCCUUCGCGGCCUGUACAACUUCGGUCUCGAUCCUCGCACUAUUCCCAGGACCACGACACCCAGGGGCAAUGUCAUACCAACCGAUCCUCAGUUCGGCCGUCUGAGUGCUGGUGCCGAGCUGUACUUUUCACCUUUGAACAAGUCUGGUGGUGUCUCUACUGCUAUUCGCUUCACCACGCUUCCUUCGCAUACUGGCUUCCCGUACACCAUGGCCUUGACCCUGAAUCCUCUCAUGGGCAACAUCUCCUCAAGCUAUGCCGUCAAGGCUGGCUCUGAUGUCGCUUUAAGUUCGCGCUUCGACUUCAACAUCUACAGCUACGAGUCCGACGUACAACUUGGUCUCGAGCUUUGGAGAAGAAAGCCGCUGGAAUCAGGAGACACUCUGCCAGUUGAGGACACAGAGCCGCCUGCACUUCAAGAGUCUGUGUUGGAGAACAAGUUGACCAAGGAUCUGUUGCAACAAAACAACUUCCAAGAAGUUGACAGCGUUUUCAAGGCAAGAGUGAACCAGCAUGGAAAGAUUGGUGUUUUGUGGGAAGGUCGCAUCAAAGAUCUGCUGGUCAGCAUAGGUGCGGAUCUCAACUUGAAGAGAAGAGACAAUAUAAUUGGCUCGGUCGGUCUAGAGGUUUCGUAUUCUUCAUGA